CUCGCAGCCAGCUCACUCGGACGUUCAUUCCCUCCAUUGUCUUCAGGAAAACAUACCAUGGCGUCUGGAAAUAACCAUCUGAAGCUCCUGGACCUGGCCAGAGCGGGCGACGCCGAGGCCCUGCAGGCGCCCUCGCCUCCUCGCCCCCCGCGCCACCAAGGACUUCUUCGCCGAGAAGCCGCUUCACGUCGCUGCCGAAGAAGGCCACGACGAAGUAGCCAAGAUGCUAGUCUCAAUGGGAGCCAACGUCAACGACAAAAACGAUGAGGGGUACACUCCGUUACACUUGGCUGCUCAGGAGGGUCAGGUUUCGGCCAUAGAAGAGCUCAUCGCUAAAGGCGCAGAAGCGGACGCGAAGGACGAUGCCGGGUACACUCCGCUCCACCUGGCUGCUCAGGAAGGGCGGGGCGGCGGCGGAGACGCUCGUCGACAACGGCGCCCAAGUGAACGCGGUGGAGAGCGAGGGGUACACUCCGCUACACUUGGCUGCUGAGGAAGGGCACGAGGCGAUGGCAGAAAUGCUCCUCGCUAAGGGCGCUGAUGCCAACGCUAAGGACGAGGCGGGGUAUUCACCGUUACACUUGGCGGCUCUGGAAGGGCACGAGUCGACGGCAGAGACCCUCAUCGAUAAUGGCGCAGAUGUGAACGCGAAGGAAGCCAAUGGAUACACUCCGUUACACUUAGCCGGCCAAGCAGGUCAGGCGGCGACGGUGGAGGCGCUCAUCGGCAAGGGAGCGGAUGUGCACGCGAAGGACGAUGCGGGGCAUACUCCUUUGCACAUGGCUGCUGAAGAAGGCCAUGUUGCGGUGGUAGAGGCACUCACCGCCAAAGGCGCUUAUGUCAACGUGAAAGACGAAAUGGGAUGGACGCCGCUCCACUGGUCUGCUCAGAACGGUCACGAGGCGGCGGUCAAGGCUCUCAUUGAGAAAGGAGCCAAGAUGAACGGAACGAACCAAGACGGUCAGACAGCAAUGCACAUUGCAGCUUCCGAAGGCCAACUCCAUGUCCUGUUUACGCUGGUGAAACUUGGCGCCGCGACAAAGGUGAAGAAUGGCCGAGGAAAGACUCCCAAGGAACUGCUGAAAGGAACUUCCACCGCUGCAAAUUGCGACAUGGAAAUCUUCAAAGACAUCUCAUUGAUAGAAAUAAUGGAGAAAUACCUCGCAGCUGAGAGGGGAAAGGCCAGCCUACUGAAAGAAAACAGAGUAAUGCAGAAUGAUCACAAAGGGGAACUAAGGAGUAUUAAAGAAAACCAAAGAAAAAGAGACGACAGUUCUCGGAAAAUCAAGAAGGAAGUCGGUGCUUUAAAAGGGCAGAUAAAGGCGAUUCAGGAGGAACACAAACUCGAACUCAGAUACGCAACGGAAGAUAUACAAGAAAAAGAUGCUGAGAUUCUAAAGAUGAAGAACGAAAUGAUUAUUAAAGAUGAAAGGAUUAUGUCUCUUGAGGCAAAACCGCAUGAGGAAAUGGAAGACGGAACGGAAGAACCACGAGAAGGGGAGAGCGAGGUAGCCAGCGAGAACACAAUGAUGAACUCAAAUGUUGCGGUUCUGCAAGAUACGAUUAAGUUAAUACAAGAACAAAACACGAAGGAACUGCUGAGUCUCAGAAACGCGCAGCACCUGAAGGAGGCCGAGGCGGCGAGCCAACUCAGGGAAGCCCAGGAGGCGCUCAAGUCCCGAAAUAAGAGGGUCAAGACACUGAAGCGUCAGAUGCAGGAGAAAGAGACGGCAAAUGAACAAUGCAAUUCGGAGCUGAAAGGAAAGGAAAACCAAAUCAGUCAACUGGAGGGUCAGCUAGAGAAGAAAGAGAGUAAAAUCAAGACUUUGAGAUCCCGACUGAAAGAAAGAGAUGAUCAGAUAAAGAAAUUAGAGGAAUCUCUUGAGGCUCUCAAGAAAGAGCCGACGGUUUCUCCCGAAGAAGAAAGCGAAGACGAGAGUGAAUCUUACGAGUCUUCUCAAGCAGAAAGUGAGGACGAACCUCCUAAGCAGAAACCCAGCUAACUGCAGAGAUUGUGUCUAUCUAGUGUGUUCUCCUAUGUUGCUUUCUACACGGGCCGUAUGUUGGCUGCCAAUGUGAGGCUUGUGUAUGAAGUGUAGCGGGCUUUAAAGUUGGUCCCGUAUGGGCUGUCCACCGAAGCGGGUAACCACACUGGACACAUGUAUGCAAAGAAGGAAUAUACCCUUGUGCCUAUGCCUUUUGAUAAACUCUAUAUGGCCUUGCUCAGUUCCAGUUGUUAUAUCAAGGCAAAAUUACAACACACACACACACAUACAUAUGUAUAUGUACAUGUAUGUAUAUUUACAUAUAUUUAAAUUUUGUAAAAAAAAAAAAAAAA